UUGUAGUUGUGUGUGUGCUGCGCCAGAAGCUUUCCGCGCUCGUUUAUGGCGGCCCAUUCCACACUCUAGCAGAAUCCCCGAUAGGAAGCUUUGUUCGACUCGAAGUCCAGCGAGUGAGUGACUUUCAGCAAGGAUACCGAGCCUAAACAUGAAAGUGGCCCGGAACUCGAUCACAGUCGUUCUCGGAAGUCAGUGGGGAGAUGAGGGCAAAGGCAAAUUGGUCGACACACUAGCCUCGGAGGUGGAUUUGGUGGCUCGAUGCCAGGGAGGCAACAACGCGGGUCAUACCGUGGUUGUCGAUGGCAAGCAUUACCAUUUCCACCUUAUUCCCGGGGGAAUGAUCCACCCGAAAUGCAUCGGUGUCAUCGGGAACGGCUGCGUCGUUCAUCCCGGCCAGCUGAUCGACGAGAUCCGGAGUCUCGAGGAGAGUGGGCUCUCGCUGAUCGACCGACUCUUCGUUUCGAACCGGGCUCAUCUCGUGUUCGAUUUUCAUCAGCAGUGCGAUGGCUUACACGAAGCGGAGAAAAGCAAGAAACAACAGAAUCUGGGCACGACCAAGAAGGGGAUCGGGCCCACUUACAGCUCUAAAGCUCAGCGCAACGGCAUUCGAAUGUGUGACCUGAUCGGAGAUUGGCAGGUAUUCGAGACCAAAUUCAAGACGCUCGUGGAAUUCCAUCAGCGGAUGUUCAAGGACCUCAACGUGGACCUCGGAGCCAGCCUGAAAACCCUCAAAGACCAUGCCGAUAAGCUCCGGCCGUAUAUCAAAGACACUGUCACGUACAUCCAUGAAGAAAUCCAGGCCGGAAGGAGAAUCAUGGUCGAGGGCGCCAACGCCGCCAUGCUGGACAUCGAUUUCGGAACGUAUCCGUACGUCACUUCGUCCAACUGCACAGUGGGAGGGGUUUGCACCGGAAUCGGAAUUCCUCCCAGCUUCGUCGGCCUCGUUUAUGGCGUAUUCAAAGCCUACUGCACCCGAGUUGGAGACGGACCGUUCCCGACAGAGUUGACGAAUGACCUUGGGAAGCUUCUGCAGGAACGCGGCGGCGAGAAAGGCGUCACCACGGGGAGACCGCGCAGAUGCGGAUGGUUGGACGUUGUGAUGCUGAAAUAUUCGACCCUUGUGAACGGCUACACGGCGUUCUGUCUGACGAAGCUUGACAUCUUCGAUGUUUUGGAUGAACUGAAAAUCGGCUACAAGUACAAAAUAGGCGAUCGAGUCCUCGAGACCCCGCCCGCUAGCACUGACGAGCUGGCCAAAGUCGAGGUGGAAUACGUCACGAUGCCCGGCUGGAAAGAGUCCACUGAAAACUGCCGAACGUUCGACGAACUUCCCCAGAACGCGAAGAACUACAUCCUGAAAUGCGAGUCUCUUCUCGGAGUUCGAGUGCAGUACAUCGGGGUGGGGAAAUCGCGUGCCGAUAUCAUCAAGGUCUUCUAGUUCUCGCUCGAGGAGGAGACUGUUGAGUUUGGAGUUCCGUGUUGUGAUCCGGUGUUAAUUGGUGUGUCAGACAGGUGGGGGUCGAGGGGUCCAAUAAGUCUGUCUGGAGCGGUGUUUAUGCCGGUACAAGUUGCUUUUCCGGUCUACUCGAGGAUUUAAUCGAGCCCGAGAUGUAGCCUCAUAUUCGAUGUGUAACCCACGAUUUCCGAACGAAUGAAGUAUAUCUGGUCCCACUCCUGACGUCAUCAAUCGCUAUUUGUGUCCCUAGGAGAAAGAGCUCCGUCAUCUACCGUGUCGAACAAGAACAGGCUUCGCCGCCCCGAAUCGCAGGGGAAACACUGAAAAUUGCUUUUCCGAACUUCGUUUGAGCUUUCUAUCUCCCAUUUUCAUCAGAUCUGUCCAUGUUGGCGAAGAACUGCCUAAUCCCGGAUUCCGUCUUUUUUCUGGGCCCACGCAGUUUCAGAUUUUGUCUCCCAUACUUGUUAGAUACGCCUUCGACUCGAUUUCUCUUAAUUCGAAAAACACGCGACGCGGGACGACGAGUUGGAUCGGGGGCCAUCUCCGCUAGCGAUUUGAAUACAGGAUUCCCGUGCUCGCUCGAAUACAUUGAGGUAUGCUUCGGCGCUCUCCUCAUAUACGUCUCACUCCAGGAUGGUCUUUCGGGCUGCAGGCGAUAAGGAAGAUUGCAUUAAUUCUGAGUUGUCCGCAUCAAACGCUAUAAACGAUAUUACGAUUGGAGGCGACUUUAUCGCGCCUCGUGAUUUUUCUACUUAUCGCCACGCAUGAGAAUUCUCAACAAGGUAUAUUUUGCCGUUCGUCGACGAAGGUUUUUCCUCCGUGUGCCUUCACCUGAGAGAGGAAACGGAGGAGAUCGCUGAUGAUAAUAAUAAAUCGGGUGUGGCUCGCCGAGAGCUUUCGA